GCUCGAGGCCUCGGCCGAGCCCCGCGCCCCAGCGGGAGCUCCAUGCCCCCCUCGCGCGGUGGGCCCAGCCGGCCCGCGCCCCGAGCUCGGCAUGGACGAGGAGCCGAGAGCUGAGACGCUGCAGGUGGCGGACCUGGAGGAGUACAGCCGCAUCCUCGGCGUUGAGGGCGACGUGUCUGCCGACGCGGACCUGCUCUGGGUGGUGCAGGAGGCGUUCAAUGCCCCCCUGCCGCUCGGCUGGUCGGAGCACAAGGACGACGAAGAGCGAGUCUACUUCUUCCACGAGGCCUCCAACGCGAGCACGUGGGAGCACCCUAUGGACGCAGUCUACCGAGAGCUGAUCGGCCUCGUCCUGCGCGUCCGGAGCGAGGUUGACCUCGGCGCAGAGCCCGCGACGGUUGUGCACGGCCACCUGCGCGAGGUGCACCAGCGCGCACUGAAGGGCCUCGAGCACUGGAGCGGGCCGUACGCCGCCCCGGACGGGGGCGAGUACUACUACAAUAAAGUCCUGAAGGUGAGCUCCUGGGAGUGCCCCGUGCACGAGUGGGAGCAGGAGCUGACCGUCCGCUUGGGAGUGCUGUGCAGGUGCCUGCUGCCGCCUGGAGCUCGACUGGCGGUUGACAAGGACGGCUCCGUGGGCGUGUCUGUGCAAGAUGAUGGCGGCGCCGCGGGCGCGACGGGCCCAGCUCUCCUGGCGGCGCUGAAGCUGCCCCUGGGGCUGGUGCGGCGAGACGUCGGCAAAGACGGGCAGCCGGACACCCCGGCCACGGACCGGUCCUUCCACACCGCGCGCUCCCAUUGCUCCAGCCGCAGGUCGUAUCGCGACGGUCCUCGAGAUCCCGCACACUCGCCGUCCACUUCCGCUGGGACCCGGGCGAGCGCGGUGAGCGCGGUGGGCACCCCGGCGCCGCCCGUCAGGGAGGUCGGCGUCCUGAGAGAGAUGGACUGAGACGGGAUUCUUCUUAGCGGCGGCGGAUGCUUCCCAGCUGUGUCGAGGAGAGCAGGUGCAAGAAAAGCCAGGAGUGUCCCAGGAGGCUCCAGGGACAUCCAGCAUGGCCCAGGAGGCCCCAGGA